AUGGAAGUCACUCUUCGCGUAACAGAUAAUUAUGAACCAGAUCAAUACUUACUUGUCGAAUUUACUGAUGAAAUUGAUGAUAUUUUUGAAAAAGCACGUCUAAAUAGUGAAGAGUUACCAAAAUUAUGCAUAAAGGCUCAAUCAUUAGAUGAGGAGCCAGUAUUUUGUACACCAGAUAAAACAUUUUCAAUUAAAAAAAAAGAAUAUACAGAUUCUAUGUGUUUAUUUGUUCCUCAACCUGUUAAAAAACAUGAAGGAUCAAAGAUGGAUAUAGAUGAAGAUUUUAAUAUAGUUAGUGUUGAAAGUAAUAAUAAUACAGAUUUUAGUAGAAAGAGUGAACUGUUACAUAAACGAGAAGAAAUAUUAAUGAAAAGACCAGAAUUUAUAUUAGAAAUGGUUGAGAAACGUAAAUUUGUUGUGGAAUUAAUUCAACAACCACCAGAACUUGAGGUUUUAAAUAAAUUAUUGAAACCUACUACUUAUACUGGGCCUGAAAAUGAAGAACACAUUAAGAAAAAGUAUAAACUUUACACGUUAGAUGAAUUAGAUGGUAUUAUAAAAGCAAGUGUUGGAGAAAUAUUAUGUACAUUUGAAAGAAAAUAUGCCUUAGAAAUCGAUGGAUAUUGGAGAUAUGUAGAUCUAGAAUAUUUACUUCAAUUAUAUGAAGCAAUAAAUUUACAGGCUGGAAUUUAUCUAGGAAAUUUUGAAGUUAUCAAAUUAUCUGAAAUUUCAAAAAUUAUAAGUGAUUAUGGAUUUCCUGAUUUUUUGAUAAGACAUUGUCUUUCAAUGUUAUCAGAAUCAAAAUGUGAAAAUGAAUUAGGCCUAGUUUUAGUGUUGAUUAUUCAGUGUAGUGUUGACAAUGGUGGUGGUAAUAUCAAUAGUUAUGGUGAUAAAACAGCUGAUCAAAAUAACGAAAUGGCUUUGAAAAUUUUGAAAGGCCAUAUAGUGAAGUAUUUUUGGGAAGAGAUAGUUUUAAAAUCCAAAUUAGAUUGUAAUGAUUGUAAUUCAUUAAGUUUUAUUGUUAAAGGAAUUCGAAAUAAUAUUGCAAGUGAAUUAAUGGAACAUGGAAACAUUAUACUGAAAAAGUGUAAACAGUUAGUUCCUGAUAUCAAAGAAUUAUUUAGAUCAUUAUUGCUUUCGAUUGAUGAUGAUGAAAAAAUGAAAUUUUGUGAUUCUUUGCUCACACAAGUGACAGCAAUUAAAAAUGAAAAAAACGAUGAAGAUUUUUUAGCCUGUUUGAUGCCACGUAUAAAAUUAUUUGUUUUAGUUAUACACAUCUUAACAGCUCGUGUAGCGGCAACAUCGACUCAGGAGGCUUGUCAAAAAAUGAAAGAAUACAAAUUAAUAGAAAAAUGGACUAUAUUACUAUUAAGCUUGUUAUGUGACGAUAGAGUACAUCGUAAUGGUCAUUAUUUUAAUCUUGUUACUAUAAGUGGCAGUUAUAGUUCGGCUCAAAAUCCAAACUUAUUAAGAAAUGUUAUCAAUUCUAAUGUUUAUAAAGGAGCGUUUCCUUUGCCCGCUUGUUCUUGA